AUGUUGAAGAAAGGGGCGAUCUUCGCCGUUUUUGUCGCUCUUUUCGCGUAUAAAUUUCAUUUUCGGCCUGUAGACCAUGCGCCAGAUUAUCUUCGCCGAGCUGUUGCUCAUAACAUUUGGAACUCGAUCUUCUUCUUGACGGAAAAAGUCAGAAGUGCGACAAGUUCUAGAGCUGCAAUCGGCUUCAUGCAAAAAGCCAUGAUGCCAACUCCAACGAACGAGGAUGCGAUUGAAGAGAUCGUUGACAACGGAGAGUACAAAAUUCAUUUUUGGCGACGAAAAGACCUUGUUGAAGAGGAAAAUCAACCUGUUGCGAUAUUUUUUCAUGGUGGAGGAUUUAUCGUUGGAGAUGUUCCUUCUGUUUCCUCGUUCUACUCGAGCAUCGCUGUUCAAAAGGGAAUCACUGUCGCCUCUGUUGAAUAUCGACUAGCGCCAAAACACCCGUUUCCAGCUCCAUCAGACGAUUGCAUUGCUGCUACCGAAUACAUCAUCAACAACUCUGAAUCGCUGAAAAUCAACAAGGACAAGAUCGUUCUCGCUGGCGACUCAGCGGGAGGCGAACUUGCGAUUGUCACGGCGAUCGAAGUCAAAUUCAAAAUGCCGGAUUUCAAUUUUGCCGGCCUUGUUCCGGUCUAUCCUUGCACGCAAUUUCUGACGCAUCGAAUGAAAGCAUUCGACGAAAACGAAUCCACGGGCGUCCUGACUCAGGAUUUCUGGAGAAUGGCGGGUGCAAAUCAUGCCUUUGGAAUUUCGGCAAAAACCGACGAGUUUAUUGAAGAGAUGAAAAAUAAAUCUGUUUUCAAGCGAAUCGCUCAAGUCUAUCCAAACAUUGAGGAGCGAUUUUUGGGGUCAGAAGACGAAGGAGAUCUAGAGCCGGCGGAAAUGACUGAUGAAGAGGUUGAGCUAUUUGUUGACCCGAGAUUUUCGCCUUUGCUUUACUCUGACGAGGCACUCUGGCAUCUUCCAGAAACCCACCUGUUCACCUCGGAAAUCGACAUCCUCUACGACGACCAGCGGCUGUUUUACGAGGCCGCUAGCGAAGCCGGGGCAAAUAUCAAAUGGACCGUGUGGAAGGGAGCUGCCCAUUGCGAGCAGAGCUUUUCGACAAUCGCAAUCGGCAAGACCAUUGCGCCAUCAGUCGACAGAAACGUCGAAGAAAUGAUCAAUGUGAUUGCUGAUCUACUUGAAUAA